AACUCACAGACCACGAGACCAUGAACUGAGCCGCAGUCGGCCGCCCAACCGACUGAGCCACCCAGGCGCCCCUCUGCCGGCUGUUCUUUACCGCCCCUCCGCGUGGCACAGUCCUCACGCCUCUGCCCACCUCAGUCCACGAUCCUACUCCAGGACUCUGUGCCCUGAAGCAUCACCUCUAAGCAGACCACCACUAUCGCGUCUUUUUCAGCCCUCACCACUCUCCUGCGUCCCAGGGACGCCUCUUCUGCUGCCUGCCUGCUAAGUGUCACUGCCAUUCCGUAAUGAGUAUGUCCAAGGCGAAAUUCACUGCCCUCCCCAAAAUCUCAGUCAUCUGACCUCCAAACAUAUCUCAGCACACCACCACUCUGCUCCUACGUUCCCAGGAGAUUCAUGUCCUUCCGGUGGUUCUGCUGAGGUCUCCACUACUAGGUUCCAGGAUUCUAAUGCAGGUCCUUAUCGUCUCCCACUCAUUAAUCCAAAAACAUUUCGCUCAUGCUGCGUUCAUUCUCUACCGCCUCCGAUCUAUCCUUUACCUUUGCCUUCAGAUUAAUCUCCUUCAAAGGGAGAGCCUUCUAAAAGGCUCCUCGCUGUUUAGUAACUUGGCCUGGUUGUCAAAGAUUUCCUGUCCUUCCAAGUACCUUCUUCCAGGGACCCUUCAAUCCGUUGGUUCUACUGUGGCGGGGAGGGGAGUGAUUUCAUCCUCUCAGGAAAUAUCUGGAAACAUUUUCGAUUUUCAGAAAGGAGAAGAGGGGUGCUACUGGUGUCCAGUGGGUCAAGGCCAGGGAUGCUUAUAAAUAUCCCACAAUGCACAGGACAGUCUCUAAAACAAAGAAUGAUCCAGCCCCAAAUGUCAGCAGCACCAAGGUUGAGAACCCCUGCUUUAAUCAAAUUGAUUACCGAUUUUUAAUUGUCUUUUCAUACUCCAGAUCCAUAUUCCAAAUCUCAUCCAUCACAAUGGCCCCUCCUUACUGAGAAAGACUCAACCCUGAAGUGACUUCCUUCGGAAAUAUUAUGGUAAAUGUUAGUAAUUAUUUUGGAAUCAAUCACACAUUAUCCUAAAAUGUUUUCUAUUGCUACUCUGAAGUAUUUACAUUUUUCUCAUCAACUUUCCAUGGACUUAAUUCCUUGACUAGAUUGGAAGCUCCAUCAGAGCAGGAAUGGCGGGGUAGGGGCAGGAUUCUGUUUCUUUGUGCCUUCAACACAGAGGGCACACAAAUAUUUGUGAGUCUAAGAAUAAAUCAGAAAUAAUAACUGUAAAAAAUAUAUUUCUAAGGUCAGGCACGGUACAAGUUACCUUUUAAUAAACCUGAAGCAUAACUCCGUUAUAGGAAAGGCUGGCCACUAAAAGGAGGCAUAUAUAAAUGAACAGAGGAGAGGGAUGAGGUUUCUCAUUUCAAAAAUUAGCAAAAUAUUUCUAAUCUUCUAUGGUUCCGUUGCGUGAGCCCUGGCUACUGACUUGGAUUUUUCAAACAGGGUGUAUUAAAAAGUUCCAAACUGGAGCUAAAUUGUAGUUUUGCAACUUGUUCUAACAUGUUGCUCUAAGGUUCCUUCUCCCCACGUUGUUAAGAACAAAUUCCAUGUUUACUCUUCUGACCCACCCUACCCCUUCAACUUUGUCAUCCUUAAGUCAACAUUCUUUAGGAACACAAAAUGCUGCUCCGAUAUUAGGAUGAAUUUAGGGCUGAAUCCUUCCACAUCAGGCCUAAUCAUUAGCAUUUUGGGGGGAAAACACUUGGGUAACUUGAUUAGAAUAACCUCAGCUCCCUAAAAUGAAAAUGUUCCACUACUGAAAGAUGAGAGCCUGAUGGCUGGUACUGUCUGCACCAACUCCAACAAAGGGUAGAAUAGGUGUUUGGGAUCAUGGAACUUAUUCUUGGGAAUGCGGUGGGCUCAAGACCGGGAUGAGGAACGACAUAAGGGGAAGGGACCAACGUAAGGGAGAGAUGUGUUCUAAGAAUAACGUCAGGAAACAUUAUACAGGGAUGAGCUGAACUGUCGAGCGAGAGACCCUGGCGUUUCAUCUAAAGCUGGAAGGGAGAGCCCAGCGAACCCACGAGGGAGGUGAGAGAAUCUGGGCCCGGAAGUCAGGGAAGGUUCCUGAGCGGAAUGACGGAUCAGCAGCCAGCGCAGGCAGGACAGCCGUGUUCCCCCCACCAGGAAGGGAGUCCAGAAAUGCUGCUGCAGGCUCUUCCCUCGGCAGCUGUAUCCAGCAUGCUCCAAGGCCACAACUCUGUGCUCCAGGCGUUGCUGGGGACCUUCUUCACCUGGGGGCUGACGGCAGCUGGGGCAGCUCUCGUGUUCAUAUUCUCUAGUGGACAGAGGCGGAUCUUGGAUGGAAGUCUUGGCUUUGCUGCAGGGGUCAUGUUAGCGGCUUCUUACUGGUCUCUCCUGGCCCCGGCAGUGGAGAUGGCCACGUCCUCUGGGGGUUUUGGUGCCUUUGCCUUUUUCCCUGUGGCCAUCGGCUUCACUCUCGGAGCUGCGUUUGUCUACCUGGCUGACCUCCUGAUGCCUCACCUGGUGAGGACACAUGGGGACACACGGACACAGUCUAGGAACAAGAAACCAGACACUGAUUCUUCCAGCGCUUUGAUGUGGGACUUCCCAGCCUCCAGAACUGGUGCCGCAGAAGACCCCCCAACGGCCCUGGCACUGAACUUCGCCCCUGCGUUGAUGAAGAAGUCUGACGCUGAGGGUCCCAGGCUGCUCUUCCCCGAGAGUGAACUUUCCAUCCGGAUAGGUAGAGCUGGGCUUCUUUCAGACAAGAGUGAGAACGGGGAGGCCUAUCAGCGGAAGAAGGCGGUGGCCGCGGGUCUUCCCGAGGGCCCUGCUGUCCCGCCGCCUCCUCGAGGGAACCUGGCGCAGCCCCUUGGCGGCAGCUGGAGGAGGAUCGCGCUGCUCAUCUUGGCCAUCACCAUACACAACAUUCCAGAUAAUCCAGGACCGUCCUGUCUGCAAAGUCUCCUUUGUCAUGAGCGCUGGGAUUCCCAGGUUCCAGGUCUUGUCCCUGGCAUUCACUUUACCCUUGUGUGUGGUCUCCACGUGCUGGAAGGGCAGCUUCAGCGGUCUGGCAACUUCGAGCUUACAGGAAGGAGCCAAGAGCUGGAAAGAACAGCUUCCUGACUCUUCGUUUUCCUGGGACAAAGACCGAAUAGAAAAUCCUGUUAUUAGAAAGGGAGCUUUCCAGGGAAAACACUGAAGCAACAGCCUCUCCUUCGCAUUGUUCUGUUUCCAGAAACUGGAGGAGUAUUCUGCACAGCCAGGGACCCAGGCUCAGUUAAUGUGUAAGCUGAAGACCACUCAAGACUGCAACUCAUUGGCAGCCACAAAAGCCACCAGUCAUACUGGAGGCUGCCACUUGCCGGGGCCUUUUGUAAGUGUCCUCUGUGUAUGAGUUAGGUAUUUGUACCCCCUGUUUUACAUUUUCGAAGCUGUCCAGGGAGGCAGAAGAUGAAGCUCACGGUUGCAUGUGCAGGCAUGGGCAGCCUGCCUCUCGCUACGGGGGCUAUGCUUUCUUCCUCCCGAUGGAUCACAGAGUUUUUCAGAGCCAGUUACAGAGAAGUUCAGGAAAUGCUUCUCGUGUUUUGAAGCUUGCCACAUUAGAUGUGAAUGUCCGCGGCACCACAAUGGCGUGUUGGUGCGAUUGUCACUCCAGACGCAGCAGCUCAGAUCAGCAGGGAGGUUUCGGCAGGGGAAACCUGGACUAUCCACCGUGGGCGCUCUGCAGAUGUGGGUACAGUGAGCCCCCGCGCGGUCCCCAUGCACCUGUCGCCAUCACCACCACCUCCACCAAGGGAGGACAAGCCAGGACCCAAGCAAAUCGUUAGCCCUUUGAUGUAUCAAGGAGGGAGGUGUGGGGAGAGGGGACCAGCCCAGGAUGUAGAAUCAGAAAGGCCAGGGCGUGAACCCUGGAGUCACCAAAUGCUUUGCCAGCUGGGUGACCUCAGCUAAGACGCUGGGAGUUUCAGGGUCCUGGCUGUAAAAUGGAAAUAAUAAUCCAUCUUGGGGUUCGGUGUUAAGUGAGGUGACAGUGCUGGCCACCAGCAGGGCCACUCAUUAUGUCAUCUGCUGUGACGUGUAUAUCACCGGGCCUAGAACACCUCGUCCUCUCCCCUCCCCCCUGCCCCCUCUUACUUUGCCUUCACGCCGCUCUGAUCCCAAAAGACGGUUUCGUUCUGGCCUUGGGCGUCUCCAGUGGAACAUCUCCAACCACUUUAAUUCCUAUCUCCAGCAGGUGACAUUCGAAGAUGCUUCCCAUUUACCCCAGGAGUUGGGAAACACUGUAAUAUUCUCCUCUAAUUAUCUGUGUCUCAGUGGGAAGCCUGACAUUAUAAUUAACUUGGGCUCCUGUCUGGGAUGACAUUUUGUGCAGCAUAUUGUGUUCCUGGGUGAGCACCGUAGCAGAAGCUGGUAGCGUGCUCCCCGGUGACGCUGUUGGGUUUGAGCAGGAGAACUGGCACAGAGCCCCCGAGGGUGAAAUCGUAACUGGGAUUCCUGCAGCCCCCCCCCGACCACCACCUCCCCAGUGCAACAGGGCAACUUUAAAAUUCACUCCCAACUCCUGCCAUGGGUUACAGACCCCUGCCUGUGCCCUACCGACUGGCCGGAACACGUGAGCUAUGUUCUGGAGCUGCAUAAGGAUUGGGGCGCCUGGGUGGCUCAGUCAGCUGAGGGUCCGACUCUUGGCUUCUGCUCUGGUCAUGGUCUCGCGGUUUCGGGAGUUCGAGCCCCGCAUCGGGAUUCUCUGUCUCCCUUUCUCUCUCUGCCCCUGCCCAGCUUGGGCUGUCUCUGUCUCUCUCAAAAUAAAUAAACUUAAAAAAAAAUUAAAGCUGCAUGAGGACUAGGGUUAAAAUCAAGACUCAUUUCCACAUCUGCUAGAUUAGGUCAUCCUCCCAUCUAUUAUGUAAAUUAAAGGGAAAAAUUAAGGCAAGAGGAUCUGAACAUGUUUUUGUCUGAAGACUCAAUGUUUCCGGUAAAUUCCAAUUGUCUUUCUACUCUGGCCAGGCAGUUAUCAGCCACCUCACGGUUUUCCUAAGUCCUCCCAGACCUGCACUGUCCGGGACAGCAGCUAGUAGCUAUAGGGACAGACAAGCGUAGGUUCUGGAGUUAGAAAGCCUGAGGUCCCAGAGCCACCAAAUGCUGUCCUAUUUAUUUGUCAGAUUUAAACAAAAUGCAGAAUUUAAAUCCUCAGUCACACCUAGCCACAUGUCAAGUGCUGACUAGCCAUACGCAACCAGUGGCUACCACAUUGGACAGCACAGGUACCGAACAAUUCUGUCAUCACAGAAAGUUCUAUUGGAUGGCACUGGCCUGGACCCUUGGCAAAACAGUGUUAACUCCACAGGUUAUCUAGAGCCUACCUCAGCUUGCCUUGGGCCGAGUUCUAUUUAGGGGAGACAUUCUGUUUCCCGAGACAGGUGUUCUUGGUUGUGGGGUCGGGCGUCAAACGUAUUUUACGAAUAAAAUGCCUUACGUCUCAAAAUUUGAAAAUAAGUGGAUUUUGUUAAAAUAAGCUAAGGGGAGGACAGGGUCACCCCUGUGGUGCCAUCAUUCUUGUUCCCUUUGGUUCUGAUCUGGCUUCCGAUUUCUCAGAUGGGGCGGGGGGCAGCUUGUGCAGAGAAAUCACAGCAGGCUCGUCACCACGUCUGAUGUCAAGGAGAUGUGGAAAGAGCCACUCCAAGGAUGAUCUUGUCAUUCUCUGCUCCGGGUGACACCCCCCUGCCCCCCGAGCAAGCCAGCAUACUGGUCUGUGCCAGCUUAGCCCUCUCACAGAACAGAUUCUCUUGCCUCAGCUCGGGUUUCGAAGGAAGGACAUUAACUGUCACAUGAAAAUCACCACAGCAUUUACUGUCACUUUUUUUUUUUUUUUUUUUUGCUGGGAACAUUGCCUAGUUCAUCCCCCAAUGCUCCCAAAUAAGGUAUUUAGUUUAGAAUGCACCGCCUGCGAAAGCUUUGCCUCGCUUGUGGAAACGGUAUUCAUAAUUUACUGUGUAUGCCUUUUCUUUUUUCCCUCGGCUGCUAAGAACACAGAGCCCCCUUGCCAUCGAGAUAAGAAGGAAGUGCAUUCUGAUGGUCUCAUUAUUGGAAUUCUUCUCUUCUUGUACAACCUACUACUGUAUUGCACUUCAAUCCAUUUCAAAAGGAGGGAGGUUCCUCAUUAAUUGGCACACGCGAUUUUAUUCCUUUGUCUCCGGUUUCCUUUGUUUCCUGGGCACAGAUUCGAUUUCUAAUCCAGAUACCUGAAAAAUACUUUUAUCUGGUUUGUGAUGGAGACUGGGGGCCGGGUGAGAGGUGGUGCAGUCAUCUGUUUAUAAUGUUCAACCAAACAAUCGACUGAUACGUCCUGUGUGUGGAGGCUGCUAGAUCCCCCAUGUCCAACAGGAAUACAAUGCAAUCUGCGUCUCCAUUGUUAGCUUCCUAGUAGCCAUUUUUUUAAAAAAUGUAAAAAGGAAGUGAAGCCGAUUUUUAAUUUUUUUUUUUAGCGUUGACUUAUUUUUGAGAGUGAGAGACAGAGCACAAGCG